AUGAGCGACGACGACGAUAACGAUCAAGAUCCAAUGGCAGUAUACCUCAGCAAGAUGUCUGGAACGCUGACCACCGACACCGACGGCUUCCCCCUUUUUCUCCGAGAUGCUGGCGACAUGGACCCUCAAUUCAUAGGCGAUUCAACUCUGGCGGACGAAAUCGAGACACGGGAAGAAUUGGAGGACCCUCAAUUCAGAGGCGAUUCAACUCUGGCGGACGAAAUCGAGACACAGGAAGAAUUGGAUGACGCAAAGAGAUUUUUGUUUUGCAACGCGAGCGGCACACCGAGGCUUCUGUUCAGAGGUUUUAACUCCAAGUCUGGCGGAGGCCAUGAUGCAAAGCUGAAUUCGAAGGAUGGAAUAAUACCGCAUGGGUUUCUGAACGGCGAGGAACCAACGGAAAUGUGGGACAUUCCUACUGUCAGCGACGAGAUCAUUGACCACCUCGCGAACAUCCCAGUGCGACACACGCACUUCAGCUCCUGGACUCAAAUGCUGGUAACGGCCCUUGACUUCGCCCGCAGCUUCGCACUCUGCCCUCCUGACUGGGACUCCUCCUCCACAAUCGCGGUGCUCGACACCAAGUCCAUGGUGGAGCACGUCUGGCUCAGCGCUGACUUGUAUGCCUCGGGUUUGUGUAUAGAGGGGUUCACUGACGAAUAUCUCAUCUACGGACCUGUCAGCGGACCCAACUACCACUGUGUCUCAGUAAAGGAGCUACUACGCACUACGCGAGUGCUCGAAAUCAUCAACUGGGAUGAAGCCGGUGACACCGCAUCAUUCGGAGAUGACCGCAUCUCACUCAUCGAGCGUGGGGCGGUCGAGGCUUCUAGGGACCUUGCAAAGGCCCUGCAGCCCCGUAAAACCGGUUUGGAUAAGAUACUGAUGCUCACGGCUAGAUUCGUCGGGGACCGGGCUGCCCAACUUCUGAAGGGGAUGACGGACUCUCUCAGCUAUCCAGACAUUUCUGGGUUCCUCUUCUACGCUAGGGAUGAUUUGCAGGGGUUGGCAACACGCGACGACGCCAGGCGCAUCUCUCUGGCUGUGCCAGACAUGAGCACGGAACACUCGCAGGCACUUAUGUUCGAGGUGCAAAUGCUACUGGCUGCGGAGAACGCCGUCCACAUCAUGGGCUGGAUGUGGAGGGCUGGCCCUUCGAGGUACCAGGAAGACUUGGCCAAAGCAAUGUUGAUACUGAGGGAUCUGAACGAAAGGGCUGAGGAAUGA